AUGAGUUUUCAAUCACUUAAUCCAGAAUUAACAGCAAAAGUUUUAUUUUUGGCUAAUUUACAACGAAAUUUGAUACAAAAUGAAAAUCAACAUAUUAUAAAUGAAAAGACAAUUGAAGGAAAUAAUAUGAUAACAACAACAAAUACUGAACAACAGAAAUUAAUGCAUCCACUUCUAAUGCCUUCAUUAAAUGUUUCUUCACAAAAGAUUUCUGCUAUGUUAUCAGCACUAACUCCAACCUCCAUUGGAAAUAAUUCGACAAUAUUACCAACUAACACUACACCAAUACAACAAUCAAUAGCGACGUUAACAUCAAAUAAUAAUAAUACUAAUAUAAUAAACUUAGGAGCAGCUAAUCUAUCAACGAAUAUACGUUCAAAUAGAUCAAGUUUCGGAUGGGGAAAUCGCGAACGUAAAAUGGAAGAAAAUUGGCGUAUGCAAAAUCGUAGUCUUUAA